UGGGAUUCACUUUCAGUACUUUCACUUUCACACUUCACUCUAACCUUCAAGCUUCACAAAUUAAAUAAAUAAAAUACAUAAAGACUAACCAACAUAAGUUUUAUCUAUGUCUAUAUAUAAAGGCUAAGGCAGAGUUUUAACCAACCAAUAAACACAGAAACUAAACGAGUGUUUUAAAGUGUAACGACAUAUCACCUUAUAACUUAGCCUAUUUUAUUGUAAAUACUAUGGCACUAAAUCUUUUCAAGUUAAGAAGCAGCUUGUUACAUCUGGGAAAUUCCAUGCCGUUAUUGAAUGCAGAAUGUGCCAAAAAUGCUCUUCACACAUCAGCAGUUUGUCAGAAGAUACAAGCAGGCCGAUACAAGAAAAGUCCCAAGGGCGACAAACCACUCACGUAUGAAAUGGCUAUGCGGCCUGAAUCAAUAGCUCACACAAAGUCAUGGAAUUCAUGGAAUACCUCUAACCUUGUUGGAGGUUUAAGACCUGCUGAGACAGCUGUUGAAGAUGUUUUCAUUCGCCGAUUCGUGACUGGGACUUGGCACAACUUGUUCCUCUCGGAAAUAAUCAUAAAACGACAACACAACAUGAUACGAGUAGCUGGAAUUAUUAGUAGAUCUUUACCUCCUAGAAAAAUGUAUUUUCUUAUCGGUUACACAGAAGAGCUUUUGAGCUAUUGGCUGCAGUGUCCUAUAAAACUAGAACUGCAGACUGUGAGUGAUAGAAAGGAUGUUGUUUACAAGUAUGUUUAGAAUAGAUAUAUGCAUACUGUUUUUGUGUAUAAUAAAUUGUGUAGAUAAACUUUAAUGAGUAUUUCUUA